GACCCUCGUCUGACAGUCGCCAUGGUGAACAUGUUCGCAACUCUAUUGCUACUCGUAGCAGUUCCAGUUGCGUUUGCGCUGGAUUUCGCUGCAGCUCGAGGACCAUACCUUGUGAAUAAUAAAACUCAAGGCGCGAUCACGAUGAACGGCAUAUGGUAUUCGCUCUCAAACUCUACGACCGACGUCAACGCGAUGGAUAGUCUCAAGAAUGGUGAGGCGUGUACGCGAGAUGCUGCGCUUAUGGCGCAACUCGGCAUCAACACCAUUUAUGUCAUGGCUAUAGACCCCAAAGAAAAUCAUGACGACUGCUUCUCCAUCUUUAACUCAGUCGGGAUUUACGUUGUAGUAGCGCUCCGCAAAGACGGCAUCUUUCAGAUGGUUUAUGAAGACUUCGCCAAUUCGUACACGACCGACUUUUUAAAGGGGCUCUUUGAGAUUAUAGAUGCUGUGAAGGAUUAUGAAAACCUGCUUGGGUUCGAUUUGGGAAUAAUGCCCAGCAUUGGAGAUUUUGAGGUCGGCGUAACCUUGCAUCUGCAGAGGAACGACGAAAAGAUAGAAGCUUCUGAACUCACGCAGUCGCACGUAUACUGGUUCUCAUGCGCCAUCGACGACAACAAGGGUGACAUUUCACGAGCAGACUAUGUAUCCUUCUGGAAUCUCGGUUACUGGGAGACUGAUCCUGUCGGCGAUCAAAACUUCACUUACGCAUCGCUCGGGCGCGAACUUUCAACUGCUACGGUACCAACGUGGUAUCAAAUGUAUGGUGUGUCCGACGAAGCAGACUACGUUGAGUUUGAGCUGCGCCCGGAGCUGCUCAACGAUACCUUGUACCUGUACAAUUCCUCGUCGCAGCUCAUUCGGCCAAACGGCGCAUUCACUGGUGGCGCACGAUUUACAUGGACCAACACAAACAUCGGAUGGAAGCAACCGAAAUCGAAUUGGGGUAUAGUCACUACUGGAGUCGAUGGCGAUGCCCGGCUUACACCAAACUACGAUCGCCUUCGAGAGAUAUUCGACCAGAUGAACACUGGCACUUGGCUUAGCGGGAAUACCAUUGAUACCAAUCAGCCACCUCCCAUCGGUUGCCGUGCAAGUAACAUGAAAAACACUACGAUAUCGUUGGAUGUAGAGGAUAAGAGGACCACGCUCACCAUUGCCACGGACUGGGCACUCCCAACCCGACCCGCAGGUCUCGAUGCGUUGAUAACAAGCGGUAUUAAUGGGAAGAGAGGGCAGAUGGUCGAUGUGACAGUUACUAAAAUCGUGCAUGCUGUCAAGGAUAGCAAAGGCAAUCCUGUGACGGGCCUUGCGUUGAAGCCUAGUAAAAGCCAGACGCGGAGUACAACAAGCAGAGUGUCAGGAACAGGAGCAACAGGGCUUACGCCCACAAAAUCCCCACUCAGCACAGGAGCAAAAGCAGGGAUAGGUGUUGGUGUAGGCGUUGGUGGGUUUGCGCUUGCUGCUCUCGCUGGGUUGUUUCUUCUUCGUCGGCGUCGAAAUAAGAAGAUUGCCAGGGAUCAGAUAGAGAAGGGUCAGCUCUCAGAUGGGGCAGAUGCUACGCAUGCUACAGUAUUCGGGGCACAAAAGGUAGAGCUCGCAACGGGACCAGAAGUCGAAAAGAAUCAGGCUGAGCUACCCGCUGAUGGGAAGUUGCCUCACGAGGUUCCAGCAUACGAACGCUACGCCGAGUUUCCUUCGAUUGCAGCGGAGCCUGUGGAGCUUCCGGCUGUUGAGAGGACAUUGGAGUUACCUGCACACCAAGAUCAUGAUGGACUGUCUGCCGAGGAGCGGCGGAAUUAAUUGGCCAUACUCUCCUAUAAGUGUUUACAUCGCGAUACCCCCAGUGUUUGUAUUAUAGCCGUAAGCAGGCGUUGAGCUGAGUUCAAUCCUGAAAAAGUGCGU